UAUAUAAAUAUAUAUAUAUCUUCAUCCAUUGUUUUAGCAGAAAAUCAUCAAAAGUAGUAACCUAAAGCUCCAUAAGAAGAUGCCAACGAAACUCCAGAAGUCCCUCCAAGAUUACCUCUCUAAGAUCAAAAACCCUACUCCUCCUAAUUCCAUGUCAUCUUCUAAGAACUGGGUUUUAUCAGGCUGCAAAAACCCCAAGACCCCUUCAUUUGCCAGAGAUCGUAGCCUAAACGAGGGACACGAAAGGGAUGGUGCAGCAACUCUCUCCGAUAUCGAUCGCUUCCUCUUCGAGAAUUUUAAGUCUCUCUAUAUCAAAAACGACGAGGAAGAUCAUCCCCAAAAGAAGACAUGUGGAGAAGAGGAAGAAGAAGGAGGAGGUGAUGGAGAUUAUGAUAACCGAGUUCGAGGUCCUCGUGGGGUAUUGUAUCACGAUCAUUAUGACUCCCCUAGACUCUUCGAAAUACCGCCGGACCUCUGUGGGUCGCACCGGUUCUUCGUCACCGCCGGUUCGUCCAGCUCGCUCAUCGAAGAGGCCCGGUUGAGUCUAACCGUCACCUCCGAGGAAGGGGAAUCAAGCUCAAGCUCAACCAGCAAUACCAUAAUUGACUCUGCAAGAAGUUGUUCUAAUAGCACUGACAUAAAGAACAUAAACGUUGCACUCCCUGACGACUGUAUCACAGUGAUAAAGUACUCUCGGAGCCCAAAUGAAGAUUUCCGGCUGUCCAUGCAGGAAAUGGUGGAAGCAAGAUUACAAAGGAAGGGGAAGGUUAAUUGGGAUUUCAUGCAAGAACUUCUAUUCUCUUACUUGGACUUAAAUGAGAAGAAGUCACAUAAGUUCAUAUUGAGCGCUUUCGUGGAUCUUGUUGUGGGUUUGCGUCAACGUUCAGGCGAAGUUCCGGCGAAGCCACGGAGGAGCUGUCGAAUUGGGAGAGAGAGGAUGAGGAAAUUGAGGAAUGUUACGUAAGAUUUUGGUUAAACUGUAUGUUUUUGGCCUCAUUCGCCUAAGGCCUCACAUGCAAUAUGCUUUAUUUAUUUCUGGAUUAGUAAAUUUCGAGACCACGAAUACUUAGUUUAAGAUUUGAGAUUUGUAAUCUUGUGGUUUUUGGUGAGAGAUUGGGGAACUCUUUAGUCUUUGUCUGUUGCUUGUUCCCUGCAGCUGAUUCACUAGGAUAUAUGGAUGACAUACAUAAAGAGAUUAUUGUCUCCAACUCUCAAUCAAUUGUUUAAAUUGUUGUUAAUUUGCAAUUUAAUUAGAAAUUACAUGUUAUAAAUUUCAUG